AUGGCCCCGUACGAAGUCACGGCUCUCGAUGUGUGGGCGCUCACGAUCACGAUUUCGGCGCAGUCGCUUCCGAUCUGGCAGCUCGGCUACUCGGCGGGCUUUGCGAGCUACUCGGUUGGCAUGGGCCUCGUCGGCCUCGCCUACAUCUGCCUCAUUUCGUGUCUCGGCGAGCUUAUGAGCGCGUUUCCGUUCGCCGGCGGCGCCUACGGCCUUGCGCGCUGCACGCUCGGCUUUAGUGUCGGCUUCCUCGUCGCGAUUUGCGAGAUCAAGUAGUACGUCGACUCGGCCAUGGCCAUGGUGUCGUUCACAACUAUCUUUGUGUGCAUUGCCCCCGACUCGGCCGGCUUGGAGCCACUGGUCUGGGCGCUGCUCUACGCGCUCAGCCUCUUCGUGUACAUCCGCG